AUGUCUCACUUCUAUGUUACAACAAAACCAACAAAAGACCGAUUCGGCUAUCAAGGCUUUGGAAAUUCAAGUGGGGCAAUUGGAGACCGAUGUGAACCUAUUGAAAGAUCAGCAUCCACAAAGCUUGCUUCACAACCAUUUGUGAAUCCAAGAGAGAGUGUUAAUGCGAUUUCCUUGAGGAGUGGAAAAAACGUGGAGCAACCAAAUCAACAAGAUAAGGUGCAUGAAGAGUUAGUCGAAGACAAAGAAGAAACCACAUCAAAGGAGAAUUCCAAGGAACCGAUUCCUACUUUCACCACUCCACCCCCGUUUCCGAGACGAUUUGCUAAGUCGAAGAAAGAGUUGGAAUACAAGGAUAUUUGGGACAUCCUUAAGAAAGUACAAGUCAACAUUCCACUCAUUGAACCCACUCGAAAAAUUCCUCGCUAUGCAAAGUUCUUAAAGGAGUUGUGCAUGAAGAAGAAAAGUUUGAAAGGGAAUGAAGUCAUGAGUGUGGGGGAGAAUUCUUUGGCGUUCAUUCUCAAGAAACUCCCACCUAAAUUAAAGGACCCCGGUAGUUUCACUAUACCUUGCACAAUUGGUAAAACAAGGUUUACUCGAGCUUUGCUAGAUUUAGGAGCAUCCGUCAAUGUUAUGCCUUCUUCGAUUUAUGAUUCGUUAAAUCUUGGUCCUCUUAAGGGGACCUGGGUAGUUCUUGAACUCGCUAACCGAUCUAAUGUUUACCCGAAAGGGAUUGUUGAGAAUGUCUUGGUGCAGGUUAAUGGGAUUAUAUUCCCGGCUGAUUUCUAUGUCUUAGACAUGCAUGAUGAGAACUCGUCCAAGUCUACACCUUUGUUAUUGGGUAGACCAUUCUUGAGUAUCGCUGGAACGAAGAUUGAUGUCCAAAAUGGAACCUUGACUACGGAGUUUGAUGGUGCAGUCAUCCACUUCAAUAUCUUUGAGACAAUGAGAUACCGGGUGAUGUAA